AUGGAUAAUGCUGAGGGUAUAAUUACAGAAAUCUUCAAAAACGAAAUACAAGUCAAAAGAAUUAAGAAAGGUAAUCAAAUUUAACACAAUAGAAAUUCAAUCUUUGACUUAAUUGAAGAAAGAAGAUUUUAAAAUAACACUAAAAACAUUAAGUCCUAAUUUAUAAAUAAUUGUAAACUGUCUCACUAAAGUAGGUUGAAAUGCCUCCUAUUAAACAAUUAAAUUCAAAUAAACCCAUAAUUUUUGCAUUAUACUUAGAUAGUAGAUUUCCAUUUGUUUUUCCAAAAGUUCAUAUAUUAAGCUAAGUAGCUUUAAAAAUAAAUCUAAGGUUACUAAACCAACCUUGUCUGAUGGUCGAGAUUAUAUAGAAAACAUUAUUUCUGGGCCAUGGAGUCCUUCAAUCUUGCUUUAUGAAAUAGUUAAAAUGUUCCCACAAUUUCUAGUAACUUUGUUUAUUGUAAUACUAGGAAACAAUUGAGAAGAACCAAAAUAAUAAAGAUUAUCUGCUAAAAUUAGGAAAAUAUUAAGAGAAUUAAGAAUUUGAUUUAAAUAUUGGCUUAGAGAAUGUCGAAUAUUUGCAAUGUAAAUAAAUAAUAAAUGGGAAAUAAUUUCCAAGAACUAUCUUGAUUAGUGAUAGUUAUUUGCUAAAUCUUGAAUACCAAAACAAAGAAUCCUUGUUGUUAAAUUAUUAUAGCAUUGCAAAUCUGUAAAAAAUAGAGAGAGUUUAAAAAAACUUAUUAUUAAAUUGGCUGAUGAAUGAUGGUAGCUUAAUUAUCCAAACACUGACUUCCGCAAACAUAGAUUAACUUUAAAAUACAAUUAAUUCAUAUAAAUUAGGCUAAAAUGUAAAAAAAAUUAAUUAAGAUGAUGUUACGUUAUAAAAAUUUGAAACCAUUUAAAUUUAUGAUCUUUUGCAAUAAUUGAGUUUAAAUGAAAUAGAGCUAUCUAAGAAUCUCAAUAAAAACUCUUUAAACAAUCUAAUGACUUCAUAUUAAUAAGUAACUAAGUUUUAUAAUGCAUAGAUUAUUGAGUAUUAUUCAGCAUUCUCAGAUGAAGAUUAUAAAUAGUAUGUCACUCUUCUUUAAGCCUUGCUUAGCAGAGAAGAUGUACAAACCAUCUUAGCUAGUCCUGCUAAAUGA